UCAUGUUACUACGCACUUUAAGGAAAUAACUGUGGAUAUUUUUGCCAACAACAGAUUAAUCUUUUCAUUUACUAAAUUAAAUGUGCAAAGUUUUUAUUAUUAUUAGCCUAUUUUUUAUUGUAACUCAACCUGCUUUUAAAACAACAUUUUAAACAGGUUUACAUUAGUAGAGAACAACAAAUGAACAGAACAUUUAUACACGGCAAUCACACACUAUAUUACGCAUUCUUUGUACAGAAAGCAAAAUUUAGACGUCUUUACGGAGCUUUUCUUAUUAAAUGGUGUUCUGGACUUUCCUGUGUGAAGAUCUGCUCUCUGAUGCUUUGGUGCCAUCUGCUGGACGAGAUUAAACCCACAGCGCAGUUCCGCUUCCGGCCAGCAAGCGGCGCCUGUUCCUCAGAUAUGACAUUGAUGUAGUAAGAUCGUCACGCGGAAGUCCGUGAACUUGAGCCGGUUGGGUUUUGAUUUUAUUAUUUCAAAACUGAAGUAUUUCCAAGCCUAAUGAAAAUAAGUCGGCGGUGGAUUCUUAACGGUUGUGCGGUGUGUUCUGUGAUACUCGGCAGCUUUUUAGGAAGAAUGUCAUCAUCGUUAGUGUCUGGGCUCCAGGAGAGGCAUGUGAUCUGGGAGACGUCAGAGUUGUUGGCGUAUCUGCACCGCUCCCCGUGGACACCAGGGGUUGCUGUUGUUACCCAUAAGAGCUCUGGCAGCACCGGCAGCAUCUUCCACUUACCUGAGGAUACUUUUCUGCGUCUGCUUCUGGGCGCAAGAACAGUAGCGCACCUGCUCUGUGAGAGUCUGGCUGUUCAGCGCUGCGCCUUGGUCCAUACGCCACAGAAAAGAGCUGACGGGCUCGGUGCUGAGCUUCACAUCGUGCCCCUCCAUGGUUUGGAGUCGGACUGGAAACCUCACCUCGCCGCGGAGGAAGAUUUCCAAGCGUGUGACCCUGGAUACGUCAGUUCCAAGAGCGGCCCGCGCUGGACGGACUCCGAUCUAGAGGCAGUCAAGAGGCGCAUCCAGGUUCAUCUGCCUACACCGAAAGCAGCUCCGAACUACACCUUCCUGGGCGACCCAUCCGACUCUGGCCUGUUUCCACGCAUUGUGCGCGGAGAAGAGAAGCAGUGGAGAGUUUGGGAAGAUAACGGCCAUGUCGCUUUCCUCACACCGUUUCCUAACACACCUGGACUCACUGUGCUGGUUCCACGGAAACCGCUGUCCAGUGACAUAUUCCGACUGGAGGAGAGCGACUAUAGACAGCUGCUGCUGGCGACUCUAAAGGUGUCCCGCCUUCUGGAGGCGGGGCUUGGGGCAUGGGGGGUGGGUCUUAUUUUUGAGGGCUUUGAAAUUGAUUACGCUCAUGCCAAACUGAUUCCACUCGUCUCUUCAUCUGAUGAGGCAGAGAUGAGCCUCACCUGUCCAGCACCUGAGUUUUUUGACCGCUAUCCGGGUUAUGUGACGUCAGUCAGUGGUCCGCCAGCCAGCAGUGAAAGUCUCCAAGAGAUCUGUGCCAGAAUUACCCAGCGCUGAUCAUUGAAAUGUUUAUAAUAAUAAUUGUUCCAACUGAAUACAAUUGUGAAAAUUGAUUUUUGA